AUGGCAUCAUUACACCAGCUCGGCGCUGGCCCAACCCCCGCGCGCCCGCGGAGUGUGAACGACUCCGGGAAUCAGGAUGUUGACAUGGACGUCGAUCGGAAUGCCAGUCCCGCCGUGACAACUGGCACAAGGUUCGGCAGUGCCCCCCAGAGAGGAGACACCAGGAUCGUCGUGAUUAUCUAUGGUCACGGCCAAGACAGUAUCGUGUCAGUGUUCGCCGACGUCCUGGGGAAGCCGCACGCCAUCCAUUCGGCAUUCCAAGAGGUUGGCCCCGCCGACCAAGGGCUCGUGGUCGGCAUCCCGGCAGAGCAUGCCAAGAAUGACAUCAAGUCUCGCGACAAGGGGCUUGUCGUGGUGAUCAACGCUCACUGCGUCAACCUGGGGAUGCCUCCGGACGUCUUCCUUUCGGCGCAGUGCGAUUACGAGUUCCUGUACACGGAAGCCCCAUUCUUCCGCCGGGACCUUUCGAGGUUUAUCUCCUUCACCCUUGGCCAGAUCAACCACCAUGAGACGCUGAUGUCAAAACCGCGGACGUAUUUCAUUUCCACAACGUUCCCGGACGUCAGCGCUGCAUUGCCCAACAUCGACAUCCUCACUGUCGGCGCCGACGCGGUGGAAAUGCGAGUCGAUCUCCUCAAGGAGCCUCUGGGCGACGGCACAUACUCUGCCAUUCCGAGUCUCAGCUACGUCGGACAGCAACUGAUGCUCCUACGCCAGCGAACAGAGCUUCCCAUCAUCUUCACAACCAGAUGCACGAGAGAGAACGGCCGCUUCCCGAUGGAAAACCCGGAUCUGUACUACGAGUACCUGUAUCGAGCCAUCCAGUGGGGUGUCGAGUACAUUGACGUGGAGCUCUGGCUUCCUGAGGCUAUCCGGAAGAAUCUCUAUGAGCGAAGGGGAAGCAGUCGGAUCAUGUCUGCGUUCCAUGAUUUCUCCGGCACCUUCAGAUGGCCGUCAUCCCAUGCCGAACAGGUCUACGUUGAAUCCAGCAAGUACGCCGACAUCAUCAAGAUGAUUGCCAUCAUCAACGACCAUAACGAGAACUUUGAGCUGGAAUACUUCCGGUCCAAGAUGCGCACGGACUACCCAGAUUCACCUCCAUUCUCGGGAGUCAACAUGGGGGAGACUGGCCAAUUCUCCCGCACUCUCAACAGGGUCUUUACUCCCAUCACUCAUCCGCUACUGCCGAUAGUCGCAGCUCCAGGCCAGAUGAGCGCAUCGGAAAUCAACGCGGCUUUGGCCCUGCUUGGUCAGCUCCCCAAGAAGAGUAUAUACGGCAUCACAACCCCGGCCUUUCGAAGUUCGACGCCGCAAGCCCCUUUCUAUGAGAAGUGCUUCAACGAGCUCGGCCUGCCACAUUACUUCGCGGUCGUCGAGCGCGCUCCCAAUAGCUUUUCAAGCAUGGAGGCUUGGUGCAACCAGAAGAACUUUGGCGGCGCCUAUCUUAGCCCGCCCGUGUCGUGGAACAGUCUGCUGAAACACAGCUCGUUCUUCGCCUCGCUCAACGGCGGGAAGGGCCCGGAACUGACCGAGGCCGCUCGGCUUAUCGGUACCGUGGACACCAUCAUAGUCAAGUCGGGGUCUUCAUCUUCGGCGUCCUCUGCUCCAGCGUCCAUUCCGUCGAGUCCGCGCCACGGGCACCACGAUUCCUUUGGCCAUCUAGGGUCCAACUUCUCCGCUCUAUCGCCAAACACGUCUCUGAUUCUGGAUAACGCCAGUUGGCGUGGUAUCAUCAGUACGCUGACUAGAGACAGGGCACCUUCAGCAUACUUUGGUCGUACAGCCGUCGUCCUGGCCUCUUCCGGCGAGGAUGCCGCAUCGGUUAUGUACGCCCUGAAGGCUCUCCGUAUCGGCAAGAUAUAUACCGUUGGCUUCCGCACGCCGCCGGCCCUGGCUCGCGACGGACCUGUCAUUGAACCAUUCAACAGCCUCGAGAGUCUCAAGAGGGCACAGACGGUCGGCGAUGACGCAGCCCCUUUCUUGGUCGUCUCGGCUCUGGGAGCGGAAAAGAGCAAUCUCGUCGGCAUGCUCGUCCGCGUCUUUGGCACCAAUGUUCGGGCCGGGUCGAAUUUCAAAAAGGUCUUUCUCGAUCUCGCCGAGGUCUCGGGGACAAGGAAAGGCGGCGACCCGGGCCUUAUCGCUCAGCAGGCCGGGUUCUCCGCCUACGGCGUCGCCGACACGGCUGCUUUCACGACGGUGGAGAUUCUCAGACUGCUGGUCUGCCAGAACGUGCCUUACAGCUUCGUCAGACUGGCAAGCGGUGGAGGCAUGUUCUGA